CAUUAAAGCAGGAGCUGCCGCAGCUGCACACACACACACACACAUCAAAGGUGCUCCUCCUCCUCUUCUUCCUCACUGCAGCUCUCACCGACGGCAGGUUCACUGGAUGGUGGAGCUUUUUCUUGGUUUUCCACAGACCGGGUUCGGACAUAAUAGGACAUAAUAACGGGACAGAGCUCCGAAUUUCAGCGUCCGCGUCGAGCUGUGUCAGGAGGAUGCACUGAGGAGAAAACGGCACAGCUCUCCCCCGGUUCUCUUCAUCCUGAGGCUGCAGCGAACGGAGGGGGAUUGCGGUAUAACAAGGUUAAUAAUCAGCAUCAGUAAAGGUCGCCUCUGUGAAUAGAAACCGAGUGGGAAAAGGGUGAAUCUUGCCCCUGUGCAGGGGGGGAUCAGAGAGAUAUAAGUCUAUAAAAAAUUAUGGCCACCCUACUGCGGAAGAUCGGUCUGAUCCGCCUGCACGACCGAGACACAGAGGACCCGAAGCACCAUCAGGGUUCGUUAAAGGGGACCAAAGGGAACCAGAAGAACAACGCCAACAAACACUGUCAGACAGCCAACGACACCAACAUCCUGAGCACUCCGGAGAUUAAGGCGAGGAAGCUGGACCAGCACGGCAAGGACAAGCCGACCGGCAAAGAGAAACAGGGCAAGGAUGCGAAGGAGAAGCAGCAGACGGGAGGAGGCGGGAGUAAAGCCACCAGUGCCUCCUCAGUCCCACCGCUGGCGCCUCACCGGCAACAUUGCACCCAGGUCCGGACGCGGAGGUUGAUGAAGGAGCUACAGGAGAUCAGAAGGUUAGGGGACAACUUCAUCACGGUGGAGCUGGUGGAGGACAACCUGUUUGACUGGAACGUCAAGCUGCACCAGGUGGACAAGGACUCGGCGCUUUGGCAGGACAUGAAGGAGACCAGCACCGAGUUCAUUCUGCUCAACGUCACCUUUCCUGAUAAUUUCCCCUUCUCGCCGCCGUUCAUGCGGGUCCUGACGCCCCGGUUGGAAAACGGCUACGUUCUGGAUGGUGGGGCCAUAUGCAUGGAGCUGUUGACCCCCCGCGGAUGGUCCAGCGCCUACACGGUGGAGGCGGUCAUGAGGCAAUUCGCUGCCAGCCUCGUAAAAGGACAGGGCCGUAUAUGUAGGAAAGCAGGGAAGUCCAAGAAAGCUUUCAGUCGUAAGGAAGCCGAGGCCACCUUCAAGUCCCUGGUGAAAACCCACGAGAAGUAUGGCUGGGUGUCCCCACCCGUCUCUGACGGCUGAGCGCCGGGCCAUCGCCCCUCCCACCCCAGCGCUCGCCGGACAAACCCAACUAGCCCCGGCACGCAAAACGGCACACCACGCUAACUCAACAAUCAUCUUCAUCGUUGGCUGUUUCACUCAAGAUUUUUCUUUCUUUUUGGAUUUUGUGUGUCUUUGUCUUUUGUUUCCAUCGUCAUCUCCAACCAGGCUGUUGGAGGUUUGACACACAAUCAUUAUCGUCACUUCUCCACUUUCAAAAAUAACAAAACGAAACAAAAAAAAAAGACUUUUUUUGGUUAACCUCCAUCUCGCCCAGGGCCUCUUUCUCCCAUUUUUGGAAAGGCCUGAGAGGGAGCGUGUAUGCGAGUAUGAGUGUGUCACCUCAUCAAACAUCAGCUGGGAGUGUGUGCACGUACAUGAAAAUGUGCAAUGUGGGUCACUUUCAGUGAAUUUCUUUAUUCUUAUUUCAUAUGUGUGUGUGUGUGUUUUCUUUCCGGUGCACUACCAUGCAUGUGCAGUGGGACAAAUCGGACAUUUCGGACUUUUUCCACCCAUGUGAAAGACUACUGAAUGAAGGAGACUCGUCUCUCUCUGUCUCGCUCUCUCAUUUUCUCUCUCUCUCUCUCUCUCUCUCUCUCUCUCUCUCUCUCUCUCUCUCUCUGUCUCUCUCUCUCUCUUUCUCUCUCUCGCUUUCUCUACCUUUCCUGUCCUUCCCAUCCUCUCCUCUCCUUCCAUCCCUCAUCUCAUUCUUCUCUUUAACACUGAACUGGCCUCACACCCCACCUUUCCUCUCUUUCUGUGUAGCUGUCGGGUCAUUUACAUAUAAAUGAAGCCGUUAAUGUUUAAUAGACGUGCAGCACAGUGGCGUUUAUACCCACUCAUUCACUCCUUCAUCUCUCCUUUCUUUUGACUGUGCUGUUGCUCACAGUUCAAUGCAACAUAAAGAUUGUAAUUUACAUGGAGCUGUGCUCUCGUUUCUUUCUUUAACUCGCUUUUUUUCUCUUCUCUCUCAGUCUCUUGUGGCUAAAUUUAGAGCUCACUGUUGCAUAGAUGGAUAUUGAUUCCUAAAGGAGAAAAAAGAGUCACAUGUUGCUUCAUGCAGAGACCAUGUAUGAUAAAUAGAAUGACAGUCAGUCACCUUCUUUCUCUUUCUCUACUCUCAUGUUAGAGUGUGUGUGUAGGAGUGGAAGAGGACUAUAAUUCUCAUGAUUUAGAUACCAGAUGGUACAGCUGAAGGCCAGGCUUCAGUAUGUGUGUGAGCGUGUGUGAGCAAGGGAGACAACCCUUUAAAUGGUAAAAAAAUAUGAUUUACUGUGAAUGACAUUAUGGCCUAAAGGGAGUGCUGUUGUUUUCUGCUAAAUGACAUGACAUCUUGUUCCACUGUCUGUGUCAGCUCCUUAUUGGCAUUACUGUAAACAUGAGUGCAGUUGUGACCAAAUAUCCACGUGUACAUCCUCCUCGUCUGUCUCUAGAUCCCAUCCAUGUUAAGAACGAAAGGUCAGGAUGGAAAAAAAGGAAAAAAAAACACCUCUGACUUUUAAACGUGCUCCAAACACGCACACACCUCCCCCACACAUUUGCACGACACACACACACAAGGUAACACAGCAGUAAACACCCAGAAAACAGUCGAGAGCUGGAGCGCCGCGGCGGAUGGAGUGGUGCUUUAACUGAACGCACGCUUCAGAGCCCGCCUGAUUGAUGUCUGCUAGGAGAUGGAGACUGAAUGCAGCAGUGAUAGGUGGAUGAGGAGGAAAAAGAGAAGAACAGAGGGAAAGGAGGGAAUUGUGCGAGCUUUGAUCACUGCCUGCUGCUCCUGGGAAAUGUCAGGUGGCUUGCAGAAUGGCUGAAGACAGAUAUCAUUUACUCUACCUGCUACAGAGUUCUUGAGUUCCAACCUUUAAAAGGACUUUAUAAAUGUGUAAUAUUAACUGUGCACCUGCAGCAGAGUUAGUAUCAGUCAGUCGGCCUUUACUGGCCAGACUGUCUGUCCAUUCAGUCCAGUGGGCUCCAUGUUUGUUUUUCUAUCUGCCAGUUAAAUGUCAGAGGAAAGCUGCUAAUUGGUUUGACAUUUCAGCACAGCGUCAUUAGAAAAGAGCAGCGAGAGCAGGAGGAUGGAGGACGACAAACCUCCCGCUCGGCACUGACAUAUCGUCACUUUCCUCUCCCACCCUUUUUUUUUUAUUAUUUAUUAAUUAUUAUUAUUUUUUUGGUUUUGGAGGGAAAGGGAGGGGUUUACCUUGGUGCCAAUCAUCUUCGAGUGGGUCGUUCGCUAAAGCCGAGCUAGCACACCACGCUCCGAUCAGGUUGCAUCAUGUUCGAAAGCCUGUCUGCACACGUGUGUGAGCAAAAAAUGUGUUUUACACUCCCAUUGUUGGCAAAAAAGAAAAAAAGGCAACAACUGCAACACACCAUCUGGUAUGUGAUCAUGUGCGAAAGUGUGUUAGUGCUCUUUAAAUUUGGCUAGUCAUUUCAGGGUUGAUCAUAUAGUGAUCUCAGCAGAGAAAACUGUAAACUGAAUUAUUGUUUAGACAAAAUAUCUAAAAAAGCUGAGUGUUUGCUGGUUUCAAGAGAAUAAUUUUGUGAUAUAGUUUAGACUGGUAGUUUGCAGACACUAACUGGGUGAACUGAUUAUGUUGUAUUAUAUCUGCAUGUGAUAUGUGAUUGGUAGCUAGCUACUGUAUAUCUUUUUUCAAGAAAAGCAAGAAAAAACAUGGGGAAAACAAAAAUGCAAAUGCUUCUCUUUUCUUGGUAUAUACAUUUUUUCUUUUUUGAGUUCCGUACCGUAUGGACUUUCCUUUUCUUUCUGAGCGUCCUAAAAAUGUCACAUUGUGUUAUAUGAAUGUUUGUGUUUUAAUUUAUUUGUGGUUUGCCAAAAUAAUGAUUUGAAGCAUGUUGCAGGUAUUGUCACAAGAAAACAAGACGGAGAAAAAAAACUACAAAGAAUGAUAGCCUAUGUAUUUGUGCGAUGGGGGAAGGUGUGUUUAUUUGAGGGGCGUUCAGGGAGCAAAGAUGGACAGACAGUUGUAAAGCCUCAAGAUUAUAAAAGGGGUAUUUGGGAGUAUAUCAAAGCAGAAUCAACAAAAUUCCCUCACUCCCUUGAAUACUUCCUUUUCCCCUCCAUGAUGUCACUACUGUCCCUUCCCCAUGGGUCCUGCUCUAUACACUGAUUUGGUUUGUGGGUAAUGCAGUCAAUAUAUGGACCUAAGCUACUCCCAGUCGCAGAUCUAGGAUCAGUAUGGCCUCCCUAUGCUUCAAAUCUCGUUAAGGGAAUCUGACCCGUGAUCAGUUACUGUGGGCAACUUGGUCCCACUCAUGACUUGAGUGUUUGGUCGAGACCGAGGUCAAACAGUGAAAGGUCGUUGCAAGACCAAACAGGAAUGUGCAAUAAAAGUUACAGCUUAAUUCAAA